AUGGUGAAAGUUACAAAGCUUGUAGCUUCUCGUCCGUGCGUUGUCUUCGCAGUACUGGCAACUCUGGUGAUUGUUUUCGGGUGCAUACCGAUCACGAAUUGGCAAGUAAAAACGGAGGAUAUAGCAGACGAUAUAGCUUUAUUCACUGACGAACUCCGGUCAAGUCUAGCUUUCGAAAUCAAAAACAUCGGAAAAUUCAUAUAUCCGAAGAUAAAUUCAUCUACAAUCGGUUUAGCAAGAGUUAUAGAUUCUUAUCUAACCAACAACAUUACUCUUUUCACAGAGAUUCAAACAAAGAUUGCACCAGUGUUGUUUCAAGCUUACUCAACGAUCCCUCAAGUCUCACAAGUUUCGUACAUUAGUACAAACGGUCUCUUGUUUUCUUACAUCACAGAAUUAAACAAAUGUGUAGCGGUUUUCGCCAAUUCUUCGUCAAAUUCAAGUGAUGGAUCCGGAGACUACACUUGGUACACUCAAACCGUUGAUCAGUUAACCGGUCGUCUCACCGGUAAUGCCAUCAAGUCUCAGCCUUUAAAUGUAACCAAUACAGAUUGGUUUCAAGCAGCACAGAGAAAUGACAUAACCUCCUUUAUCGGAACGGGGUUGAGAAGAGAAGAUAACGAGACCCUGUUUCAGAACGCGGUUAACUUGUACAGCAAGAAAGGAGUUGUUUCGUUAGGGUUUCCUGUUAAAUCCUUAACAGGUUUCUUGAACGGUUUGCAUCUUCACGGUGGAGAGCUUUACUUGUGGACUAAGGAAGGGACGGUUUUUGUUCGUGAAAAUUCACUGAUCAAUGCUACUUUCUCUAUCUCCAAUGGCUCCAUUUGCUUUGGUAGAGAAUCGAAAUCAGUAAGGUCUCAAUGCAUCCCUGAAAAUUGCAGUUCAAAUGGCUCCGAGGUAGAGAUCAAAAGAUUAAAAUUCCAAGCUUUUUGCUCUGUUCUUGAAGUUUCCGGUGUGCCUAUGAGAUACACACUAAUGUUUCCCAACAAAGGAGGAGUAGCAAGCAUCAAGAAAGACGCUAACGGGGCGCUGUUUCUGCUUAUUUGUGUGACAAUCGUAUAUGCAUUGUUGUGGCCUCUAGGGUUUGUGUGGUUUAUGCGGAAAGCAUCAAGAAUAGAGAUGCAUCUACGUGCAACUCUGAUUAACCAAAUGGAAGCAACACAACAAGCUGAGAGGAAAAGCAUGAACAAGAGUCAAGCGUUUGCGAGAGCUAGCCACGAUAUUAGAGGUGGCCUUAGGGUAAUCGAUGGUCUGAUGGAUAUAUGUCGUUAUGAAGUUAAACCUGACACUGAGCUAGACACAAGUCUUCAACAAGUUAAAGUAUGCACCAAAGAUUUGCUUGCCUUGCUUAACUCUGUAUUGGACAUGAGCAAAAUCGAAAGUGGGAAGAUGCAGUUAGAGGAAGAAGAUUUCAACUUAGCAAAGCUACUUGAAGACGUUGUUGAUUUUUUCCAUCCUGUUGCAAUGAAGAAAGAAGUUGAUGUGGUUUUGGAUUUGCACGAUGGAUCGAUUUUCAAAUUGUCGAAUGUGAGAGGAGAUAGUGGCAAGCUCAAGCAGAUUCUUAACAAUCUUGUUAGCAAUGCAGUCAAGUUCACAGAAGACGGACACAUUUCGAUCCGAGCUUGGGCUCAGAAGCCGGGUUCCACGAGCUCCGUGGCCUUGGCAUCGGAUCCUAAACGAGGUGUAUCGAAGUUUGUAAAGUCUAUGUUCAGGAAGAAUGAAAACGAGUCAUCAACCUAUGAUAAAGAAAACUCGAAUACCAUAAGAAACAAUGCGAACACGAUGGAGUUUGUGUUUGAAGUAGACGAUACAGGUAAAGGUAUACCUAUCGAGAUGCGUAAAUCGGUGUUUGAAAACUAUGUUCAGGUUAGAGAAACAGCUCAAGGACAACAAGGAACUGGAUUAGGACUUGGCAUUGUGCAGUCUCUGGUAAGAUUAAUGGGAGGAGAGAUAAGAAUCACAGAGAAAGCAAUAGGAGAGAAGGGAACUUGUUUCCAUUUCAAUGUGUUAUUGACAACCUUAGAGUCUUCUUCAGGAGGAGGAGACAUGAAAAUGAGACAGGACAUAGAAGCAGGAGGAGAUUACAUAUCAACACCGAACCUCGGUUUGACUAUAAACACUUCUAUGGGAGGUAGUAACAUGAACAUACGGAACCUGAGUCCUAGAUUCAACAACUGUCUAAGCUCGAUUCCGAAACAGGAAGCUUCUAAAGUGGUUCUUUUAUUGAAAGACGAAGAACGGAGAAGAGUUACAGAGAGAUACAUAAAGAGUUUGGGAAUCAAAGUUACAGUGGUGGAAAAAUGGGAGCAUUUGAAUCAUGCCUUAGAGAGACUUUUUGGUUUCUCACCUCAGAGUUCAAUGGGAAGAGGAGAGUUUAGUUCGCGAAACGAAUUAUCAAGUUCGAGCUCAAGGGAGUUACCUUUGAUUGGUAUGGAUGGUAUUGAUUCAAGUACCCAAAUUCCUAAAAGGAGAAGCAACAGUUUCUCGGCAGUUGUUCUUCUUGUGAUUGAUGCGAAAACCGGACCAUUUUCUGAGUUGUACAACAUUGUUGAACAGUUUCGUAGAGGCUUGCACCAUGGCAUAUCUUGUAAAGUUGUUUGGCUUAACGAACCAAGCGGACGCGGAAACGAGAGUGGGGACAUUACUUGUUUGAAACCAUUGCAUGGAUCGCGUCUUAACCGAGUGCUGAAGAUGCUACCUGAACUUGGAGGAACUGAGCCAAAAGAAACAACACCAACUGAGCUGCAAAGAGAAUCACUACUAAGACCUUCUCUUAUUGCAGAAACAUCACCAAUACAUAAAAGCUGUGAAUUCCAAGAAGACGGACCAAGUUCAAGGUACAACAAAAAGCUAGGCAAGACAAUAAUGGCACCUACAGGGUGGGUCAAUUCAGUGCGUAGUCGAAAGCCUAUCGAGAACACUGAGGACGAGCAAGGAACUUCCAAACCGAAGACUAUUGAGAACACAGAGGACGAGCAAGGAACUCCCAAACCGAGCAACGAUGAGCUCUUCUUAAGAGGAAAGAGAGUUCUGGUGGUUGAUGAUAGUCCAAUAGCAUCUAAAAUUGUAACCGCAAAGCUGAAGAAGAUGGGAGCAUUUGAGGUCACACAAUCCAACAAUGGAGAAGAAGCUGUGAGAUUAGUCAGUCAAUGGUUUACACAAAGAGAGCAACAAGAUUCAGUAAAUAGUACACUUCCUUUUGACUACAUAUUCAUGGAUUGCCAGAUGCCAAUAAUGGAUGGAUAUGAAGCAACUAGAGAGAUAAGGAAAAUGGAGAGAAAAUAUGGUGUGCAUAUACCAAUAAUAGCUAUUUCUGGUCAUGAUCCUGAUUCAGAGGAAGCAAGAGAAACCAUUAAAGCUGGAAUGGAUGGUUUCUUAGACAAAAACCCGAGUCAAGACCAAAUUGCAAACGUCAUUAGAGAAAUCGAAAGCAAGAAGACUCUAUCUAUUUAA